AUGGAGGAAGCGGUUCCGAUUCAACCGCCAGACCUUCCUCAGCCAGAGAUUAUUAACGAACAGCAUGAGAAUGAAGUGCCGAAGGAGCAAUUUAAUAUCGAAGAUUUGGAAAAAGAACUGAACCAGAGACACUCUUUUGAGGAGAAAGAAUGGAACUUUGAAGCCGAUUUUAAAGACUUAGAAAAGGCACUCGAUGAUGAGUCGGUUCAAUACACCAACGAAGAAGCUGAACGAGUCGCAGGGCAACUCGAAGAAGUCCGCGUCGCGCUUGAAUCUACUGGCGUCAAUGUCGAAGAAGUUCUCAAAGACUUUCACAUUGAGAUUGAAGAGGAUAUGCUUCACGUGAGCUCUGUGAAUGCAGAAGAUCUCUUGCAGGAGGAAAAGCGCAGGAUGGACUCGGAACUUGAAAGGGCGCGUCAUGAGGCGGAAAUCCAAAGAAGAAGAGAGCAGAUCCUGGAGGAGCGUGCUGCAGAAGCGAGGAAAGAGCUUAACGACGAGACAAAGAAGAAGAUUGCGUUGAUUUCAGAAAAGAAGAAGCUGCUGCUUCUGAAAGCAAGGCUCGAGCAGGAAAAAAUGGGGAAGGCGUUCAGCCAGGCUGAGUCCCAGCUUAACAAAGCCAUAGAGGAACGACAAGCGGAAGUGAAGACCUUAUAUGGAGAUCUACGUAUCGCUUCCGAGCAAUAUGGCGGUGCACGUGAUCGGCGAUGGCGAGUAGAAUGGACAAGAACGCCCCAGCCUAUUCAGAUCAAGAUCGAUUGCGUCAGAGGGCUGAAAGACAAGAUCCCAAUCGGAAAAUAUGGAAUAAUGGUCUCACUCUACGACCGGCUUGGUGGCCAUCCCAUGCAGUGGAAGUCGAAGCGUUGGGGCAACUCGACACUUCCUGUCGCGCAUACUGGAAAGUUUUUUGCCCAAGAAAUGAAAGUUGAUCAGUCCGUCUACACUGUGGCUCCAGCAAAAGUCGAUCUCAAGCCUGGGAUGAUCCUGACCUUCGAGCUUUUUCUCCUACGAGGUUCACAGUCGCCAACAGAUGUGGCAGUGGCUUGGGGCGCGUUUCCAAUCUGCGACGCAAAUUUUGACAUCAUUUCUGGCAAAUUCAAGGCUCCCUUGCUCCGUGGCCACAUGGAUUCGCAGACCAUUGGCUGGCAAAUAUCUACUUUGAGAUUGUUCGUCUUCCAAGAUCGACUUAAAACAAACGAGCCGGUGUCCGUUGACGGAGAACCAGUUUUGAAGGUGUUGGAUGAAAAGGAUAACUAUAGCAGUUUGGCGCAAUCGAAACCACAGGAACUUCUGAAGAAGGAGAAAAGUCAGCUUGGAUUAUCCCGUGCGGCAACAUAUCUAUCAAAGGCAUCGUUUGAAGACAAGGAGGUCGAGAAUUCAAAGACAAUAAAGACAAUGACGAUCGGAAGUCGCAUGGCAAUUUCUAAGAUGCAAAAAGCUGAAGGGUCGGACUACGAUACAGAUGACGAGGAAGACUGGGAAGCGGUAGAAGGUGCUGAUGGUCUUUACUACAAGCAUCACUACACAUCUCCUGCUUUGAAAUAUUCGGAUCAAGUCACUGCACUUUUGCCAAAGAAUGAAGCUAUCAAUAAGAUUUUGGAGCGCUCCCAGCCGAAAAAAUACAAUCACCUGGAAACACUUGAGCAGCAUCGAUUUUCUGUCAUGAACGAGUAUAUGAAAUCAACUCGUGAGGUUAUCGGGGUCGGUCGCGAACGCCUAACGUACUGUUCAAGAAUGUUCCGGUCCGAGCUCGGCAUCUCUCAGGUGCGCACGAUCGAAUUCUGGACUUUUAUGCUGCUCGUUGUGUUGAUUUUCUUCCCACGGGUUUACAUUCAUUAUAUUGGCCAGUGGAUGAUGGUCAAUGCUGCGGGAUUUCCACCUGCGAAGUUUGAGUUUCUUCCCUGGACAGUCGAAUUAUCGUACCAAGAAGAUCGUCUAUCAACAGGCAUGACAGUCGGCGUAGUUCUUAUGGGCCCCUUGUUCAAUAUACUCGUCUUCUCCCUCCUCGCAUUCUUCGCCUUUCUCUUCAUUCGCCUAUCUGGCGCAUUUCCUGGAAUCCUCUCAAAAACGAUCUUGAUCUACGGCAUCUGGUGCAUUUUGGACCCGGCCGCCAUUCUCAUCGUUGACUGCAUUCUUGGCCGUUUCGGCACCGACGAUGCUUAUUCAAACGAUGAUAUUCCGAUUGGAGAUGCGUUCAAAAUCUACUGGCACUUUAAGGGCGUCUCUGGAAAUGGCGUGGUAGGAAUUCCGAUUACGAUCUUUGUCUAUCUUGUUUUGAUGCUUCUUGCUUCUACGGUCCUCUAUGUUUACUUCCUUAAACUUCAUAAUAAUGGGAGACUCUUGGAUACCUAUCACCGGCUGCAUGGAGAAGAUGAAGAUUAUGUCAUUCCUUUCGACUUGGAAAUUUCAGCUAAAGAACUCGCUCACAUUUGCCGAAAGAGCGAAAAUUGGCGCGGUAACGAAGGUGAAACUCGCAAAACAGUCGUCAACGACUUUAUUUGGGAAGAAGAAGACGACGAAAGCGAGGACGGAACGAGCAGAAAGUCGUUCGACGAGAGAUUUGAAGAUUUCAAACGCGAGGUCACCGUACACGUGGCAAUCUUUACCGUGCAUCUCGACGGGCUGCGCGAAAUCUACCGGCAGUUUCUGAGAUUGCCAAGUGGCGCCAUUAUUGAGGUGUUUGGUGAUAUUUCCAACGCGAAGCUUUUGCCCGAUGUCAAGGUUGCUGUGAUGAGGAAGCAGAACAAUUAUGAAGAAGCAGCCGUUCGAAAGCCAAAAUCAGUUGAAAAGAAGAAGAAACGAGCUCCUGCUCCUCCACCACCUGCGUCUCCACAAUUGACGAGAGCAGCUUCUAUGCGCUCUAGCAGAGCAGAAAGCAUCCGAAGCCGAGUAAGCUCAGCUGCGGCUAGUGUACGAAGUCGAGCAAGCGUCAGAAGCCGCCGUAGUGGCACUGUGUCCCCGAAACUCGAAGGCGAAGAAAAUGAUGCUUUCGAACCAUAA